ACAGUGAUUCACACCAUGACAAAAACCUCCUCAGUGCUCACAUUCACUUCUGCUUUUAGACAACUUGAAAAACCUCUUCAUCUCAAGUUCUUUAAUUCAUAUUCAAUAUGUCAUUAAAGUGCAGAAGAGAGAGCUGAAGGACCUCUGUGAACAUGCCUCCCCAACACACAUCUAGCAGCUCAACAUAUGUAAUCACAACCCCCUAUGGGAUAGUCCCAUACCUGACACAAAGUUGCAGAAAACAUGAGGAUUUCAUACAUUUUGAGACUGAAAUUAUAAUUUUAUUUGAAACAGUGAAGUUGUAAAAAUAUCUGAAGUUGAAGAAGUUGAAACAGUGAAACAGUAAACAUAUCUUGCUGUUAUUAUAUAUUUUUGUAAAUCAAUGAUCACCAUAUUGACAUUUUAAUCCCUGAUUUAUUAUACUUUUUCAACAUCAUACAAGUCUGUUUAAUAGAAUAGACCAAAUGAAUGUAAUUUUCUACAUGCAUUAUACUCAAAUGACAAAUAAAUAUGCAGUUUGACAUGUGAAAGUGCAGUUGAGAUGUGUGCAGCAGUGUUAUUAUAGUUUUGGAUUCUUAAUUUAGUUUUUAUUUCUAUUUUCUAUUCAAUUUGCCAUUACAAUUUAAUUUAGUUUUCGUUAGUUUUCACAGUGUGUCUGUUAGUUUUAGUUUAGUUUUAGUUUUCUUAAUGUUUUUUAGUUUCAGUUUAGUUCAUUUUAAUUUUAGUUUUAAUAUUUUUUAUGGCUGCCAAAGCUGAGCAUUUAGUGGUGUAAUUAAAAAGUGUAACAUCAUUAUAUUUCUCUGGGCAGUUUUGUGUUACGUCUAUCUAGUGGUAUUUUCAUGUUUAAUGUGGAUUGUAAAUGUUGCAAAUUUUAUAAUAUAGGGUGAAAAUGGGCAAAGUGACAAAAGACAUUCAAGCUUGAUCCACAUUGUAUCCAUAUGUAUUUAAUUAAAUUAUUAUAAAUCAUUACUAAACUAAUCUUUGGAGAGUAUAUAAUUAAAGGAACAGUUCACCCAAAAAAUUAAAGUUCUCUAAUCAUUUACUCACUCUCAUGCCUUCCCAGAUGUGUGACUUUCUUUUUCUUCUGCUGAACACAAAUGCAGAUGUAAGGGGGUUCAGUGGAAAGGAGGAGGCGAGAACUGGCUUGACAAAUAAUAAUUUAAUAAACAACUUAAACAAAAACACACAACAAUAAACACACAGUACAGCUGCCUGUAAUUCUCUCUCUCUCGAACUGUCGUCCCCGGCCGCCUUUAUCCCUUGCGCGCCCCAUCAGGCUGAUUGGGGACUGGGCGUGCGUCAUUCCAGCCCGGCCCCGCCCUCCUCGGCUCUACACUCCUCCCGGCGUUGCCUCAGGCCCGGGGAGCCCCUGGCAUGACGUACAUCCCCCCUUCCUCUCCGGGGGGAGUGCCUUGCGCCCUGACUACCGGCGGGUCAUCCCCGCCUUCCUCGACCUGGGAGGAGACAGGAGGGGAAGAACAACGACAACAAAACAAAAUAGGCGAGGGAAAGGCCAACAAAGAGCGACAGAGAGAGAGAGAGGAGAGAGAGAAAAAGAAACUCACCGGUUCUCUGAUGCGCCGUUGCAUGGUCCUCGAUCACUCCACCACCCUCUCAGGCGGACGGCAGCUGCUCCUCCCCGGGCGGACCGGAGUCAGACCUCCAACCCCCAGCGGACAGAACGCCCCUCCGCGUUCCCGGCAUCCCGUGGGGACACUCCUCCGCCCCUGGCAGUGGCCCUACCACUCCAGGCGGACGGCAGUCUUCUCUCGACCCCUCCGCAUUCCCGGGGGACGGCAGGGCACACCUCCACCCCCGGCAGCGGCUCCCUCACUCCAGGUGGUCGGGGAGUCCCGUCCCCACUCGCAUCAUGGACGGCGGCCGUUCCCUGCAUCCGGGUGGUCGGGCUACUCCGUCCCCCAUCGGAUGGCAGUGGCACUCCCCUGGGUGGACAGCAGUGUCGAGGACUCUGCGAUGGGAAUCCCUCCUCCUUCCCGGGUUUCGGCACCAGUGUAAGGGGGUUCAGUGGAAAGGAGGAGGUGAGAACUGGCUUGACAACUUAAAUAAUAAUUUAAUAAAUAACUUAAACAAAAACACACAACCAUAAACACACAGUACAGCUGCCUGUAUUUCUCUCUCUCUCGAACUGUCGUCCCUGGCCACCUUUAUCCCUUGCGCACCCCAUCAGGCUGAUUGGGGACCGGGCGUGCAUCAUUACAGCCCGGCCCCACCCUCCUUGG